AUGGCUGCAGAAGUAGAAUACAGUUGCUUCGUCUGUGGGCUCGCAUGGGCUACCACCGAUAGAACCUUAGCUGAUGCUUUCGGUACAUACGGUGAAGUUCUCGACUCGAAGAUCAUUAAUGACAGAGAAACUGGCAGAUCUAGAGGAUUUGGCUUUGUUACCUUUAAGGAUGAGAAAUGCAUGAGGGAUGCAAUCGAAAGGAUGAACGGUCAGGAACUUGACGACCGUAACAUUACCGUUAACGAAGCUCAGGCUCGUGGAAGUGGAGGCUGCGGUGGUGGUUACGGAGGUGGCCGACGUGAAGGAGGAGGAUACUGCAAGUUCUGA